UUAAGGGAAUUGUUCAAGAUUGAUGCUGCUGAUUACAUGAUGUCCAUUUGUGGGAAUGAUGCUCUGAGGGAACUUUCUUCUCCUGGGAAAAGUGGGAGUGUUUUUUUCCUGUCCCAAGAUGAUCGAUUCAUGAUUAAGACUUUGAGGAAAUCUGAAGUAAAGGUUCUUCUAAGAAUGCUUCCAGAUUAUCAUUAUCAUGUGAGGACAUAUGAAAACACGCUUAUUACAAAAUUUUUUGGCCUUCACAGAAUCAUACCUUCUAGUGGUCAAAAGUUUCGCUUUGUAGUAAUGGGAAAUAUGUUCUGCACAGAGUUGAGGAUCCAUCGAAGAUAUGAUUUGAAAGGUUCGUCCCUUGGACGUUCAGCAGACAAGGUUGAAAUUGAUGAGAACACAAUACUCAAAGAUUUGGAUCUAAACUAUCAAUAUUAUUUGGAACCCUCUUGGCGAGAGGCUUUAUUGAACCAGAUUGAGAUUGACAGUAAGUUUUUGGAAGCACAGCACAUUAUGGAUUACAGCCUUUUGUUAGGUGUGCAUUAUCGAGCCCCUCAACACCUGCGCUCUCUUAUGUUCUACCAAGGUAUAACGGCAGAUGGAUUGGAAAUGCUUGCAGAAGAAGACCCUCUAGAGAAUGAGAUCUCCAAUUACCCACAAAGCCUUGUUUUGGUCCCCCGUGGAACAGAUGAUAAUAGUGUUGUUGUGGGGCCUCACAUCAGGGGUAGCCGAUUACGAGCAUCAGCUGCUGGUGAUGAGGAAGUUGAUCUUCUUUUACCUGGUACAGCAAGGCUCCAAAUCCAGCUUGGUGUGAACAUGCCAGCAAGGGCAGAGCUGAUUCCAGGAAAAGAGGAAACCCAAAUGUUUCAUGAAGCAUAUGAUGUUGUUCUGUACCUUGGUAUCAUUGAUAUUUUGCAAGAUUACAACAUGAGUAAGAAGAUUGAACAUGCAUAUAAAUCUCUUCAGUUUGAUUCCUUGUCCAUCUCUGCCGUAGACCCUACAUUCUACUCGCAGCGCUUCCUGGAAUUCAUUCAAAAGGUGUUCCCCCCGAAUUCCAUAAGUUAAAAUUUUACAUUCUACUCGCAGUGCUUCUUGGAAUUCAUUCAAAAGGUGUUCACCCUGAAUUCCAUAAGUUAAAAUUUUGGUCAACGUACUUAACAUACUACUUGUGGGAGUGCUUAUGAUCAUUCUUGUCAAGGGUGAUGGUGGAAGAAGUAUCAGUUUGUCUUGUAAGUAUUGUUAAAUAGGUAAAGUAAGCUCAUUUUAGCCUAUCUAAAUGUUGUUGAUAGAAUAGUUUGAUUUUAUGUUCUCAUGAAUAUUUGAUUUUUUUUUCUCGGAGCACAUCCAGUUUUCAAUGGCAGUCUUUCAUUCAGGCAUCUAGUGUUCACACAUUGUUCAUGAUGUGUUGAAA